AUGGAGACUGUUCUGCAACAGAAGAUAAUAGAAGCAACACACUGCGUUGAAAAACAAUUAGACGCCGAGUUAGAAAAAUUGGACAACUUGGACAUUAGUGAUUUUGAGAAGUUGCGUGAACAACGUCUUAAAAAGUUGAAAUUGCUUCAGCAACAGAAACAGAACUGGCUGGCAUUGGGCCAUGGAGAAUAUUCAGAAUUACACGAUGAAAAAGAAUUUUUUGAGGUGUCAAAAAAAUCUGAGAACAUUAUUUGUUUAUUUUAUAAAGAUGAUUCUCCAAGGUGCAAAAUAGUGGAUCAUCAUCUAAAAAUUCUUGCAAAGAAGCAUAUAGAAGCAAAGUUUUGUAAGCUGAAUGUAAUGCAAUGUCCAUUUUUAACUGCACGUCUAAGAAUCAAAAUCAUUCCUACAAUUGCUCUUAUUGUUAAUGGCAAAACUAAAGAUUAUAUUGUGGGAUUUACUGACUUAGGGAAUCGUGACGAUUUCUUAACUGAGACAUUGGAAUACAGAAUUUCACUUUCUGGUGCAAUAACAUUUGAAGAAAAUUUGUCAUCGGAAAACACUAAAAAAACGUGGUUGUCUCAAGUCUCAAAACCUAAAACUAUUAAAGGACCUAAUAAUUCAAAUUCUGAUGAUUCAGAUGAAGAUUGAAGAAAGUUCAUAAUUAAAUAUGUGUUAUUUAGAUUUUCAAUAAUUCAUUACUCAUUAAUUAUGAACUCUCGCAUA